CACCAUUCCACCCUUACACCGUCUCUUUCUCCUCAUUCAAGUGUCCGAUCAGUCUUUUCUGGUCUUACACUGGGAGCUAGGUAGAUACUCGUUUAGCAAUAAAGAUGCCGAGACCAGCCUCUUCAAGAGACAGUCUGCAUCUUGAGCCUCCCAGGAAGAGUGUCGAACUGGAGGAUCCCGGUGCUCAUGAGUUAUCGUCAGAAGGCGAAGACGAACACUUCUCAGAUGCCUCAGAAGGCCAGAAAAGACCCUCCCGACCAGUCACUCCUGCAUCUCCCAUUCCAAAGACACGGAUUGAAAAGGUCGAUGACGAGCCACGAUAUGGCGAGGUCCCCGGUACGCCUGCAUACGAGAAAAGGGUCCUCGAUGCGGUGCCUGAUGAGGUCGAGAUCGUCCAAGAGGGUCGUCUCAGUAAACGCUCCUCUCAGCUGCUCGAACCACCCACAACCCCCGGAGGCACUCUCAUCCCGCGUACGGUAGUUGAGAAGCUCGACCCUGAAUCUCCAAGCUAUGGUGAAAUCCCAAAGACUUCGGCCUACCUACAGAGACAGAUGGAUGCCGUUCCCGAUGUCAUUUUGAAAACUCCCGAGCCGGGGAGGAGACAAAGUUUCACCGACGAUGAGGGAGGAGAUGGAGAAAGAUCUUCCGCUUCCCCAGAUAUUCCAGUGCCAGAAACUAUCGUUACCCGAGUCGAUAGUAUCCCCGCCCACGGCGAAAUUCCAGCUACAGAAGCCCAUAAGAAACGAACUCUUGAUGCUGCACCGGAUAUUACCGAGAAACAGGGCAGCGGAGCAGGGUCACCAAUUCUCAAUAGAUCUUCGAAUGCGACAAGACGGAGAUCCACCUUACAUGACGACGAUGACGAUAAUGGCAACGACCGCAAUGAAAACGACUUCGGAGACGAUUUCGAUGAUUUUGAAGAAGGCGCACAAGCUGGGGCUGAUGAUGACUUUGGGGACUUUGGCGAUGGCUUUGAAGAACCUGAAACUGUCGAGUCGCCACCUCCUGUAUCUACUUCUCAAUCAAGUUCUGUACCAGCUGAUGCGUUCCCCUUGAUCGAGUCUCAUACCCUUUCAUCAAUAUCAGACUUCCUUACUGCCGCACAAAUGCACCUAGACGCCAUGUUUCCCGCUUCCACCACUGAUUAUUCCUCUCGAAUCCCACAACAGCAACCGAUCUCAGAUUCCUCACCUAUCUUCCCCUCGGACCGCUCACGCUCACUCUGGAAGCAACUGAUCACACCACCUCCCCUUCAACCGCCGAACUGGACACAAUCGCGAAUUCGGCGGUUAUUCCUGGUCAGCCUCGGGGUACCGGUCGACCUGGACGAAAUUCUACCGCCGAGCAAACAGAAGAAGCUUGUUCUCCCGGACAUAAAUCUAGAACCCUCACCACGCAAAUCGGAAGGGGAUAGGGCAAUAGGUUCCCUAGCACGUCUCAAGGCAGAAGCCGGUGCGAACGACUCAUCUGCCUCUAUCGACAGCACACAGUCUGGUGCCGCCAAGGAAGGCCAAAGAGUACCUCGUUCCAGGAAGCCUAAAGGACCCCCGCCACCGCCAGAAUUAGAUCUAGCAGCUGUUAGGCGCCUCUGCGCCACCACCGAAGAAAAGCUUGAAGGCUUGACAGAUGAAGAAUUGCAGAGCCACGUGAAGGAAUUAAAUGAACUGACGGCCAAAACAAGUGAAGUUCUUGAGUACUGGCUGAAAAGAAGGGAUGGAUUGGUCAAGGAAAAAGAAGCGUUCGAGGGCGUCAUCGAGAACCUGGUCAGGCAUGCCAGGAGGGUGAGGAAAUAACCCUCCUCUCGCCCGCCACAGAAAUAUACAACUUUCUUGAUGAAUACACUUUCUUCAAGUGGAGAGCUUUGGCCUCUUGAGAGGCUGUGUUGUAGCAAUUCUCUGCAGGCAGCUGAAAUACACUCACAUCCUCGCAUCAAGGUCGGAGAAGAGGCUGUCCCAGCCCGGCAUCCCUAUCUUGGGCCCUAACUCGACGUACUCCUUCCAAAUCUCGUCAAAAUCUGAGAGGUAGUGCUGACUGAUGUCUUCGGAGGGCCAAGCGUUGUCGUACGACUGCGAUCCUUGUUGUACCGCAUGACCCAGAGGUAUUUGAGGCUGCAAAGGCUGCUGAGAGGGCGGUGGC